AUGGUGCCGUCGUCGUGGUUGAAGGACGGGGUGCAGUUCCAUUACGACGAAAUGGGCAGUUCGACACUCUAUCAACUGGACGAAGGACGGGUUCCCACGGUCGCGGACGGAGCUCAAGUACAUGGCGAGCAUGCUCUUUCAGGACCAAUACCGCCGCCGCCACAUCAGUAUCAGCAUCAGCAUCAGAGCCCGAUCUACUCGGCGCAAGGAGUAUCCAGCCAUGGCGGCGGCUUUGGAACAUACAAUCCCCACGACUCUUGGGGCGUCAGUACUCCGACAUCGAAUCAGCAACGCAUGCAGAUAGCUGGGAUGGUGGCGGCCGCGGCCCAGUAUCCCGACGACAUCGACCGGUCGCGGUGGCACGAGGCCCAGCCGCCCAACGAUCUCAGCUACAGCCCGACGUUUUCGGAUUCGCCCAUCAUCUCGAGCAUCGGACACCGGGGCGCGAGGCGGUCCUCGGACCUCGACUCGCUGUUUGAAGACAGCAGCGAUCUCGGAGACGACGAGGAGGGCCAGGCGUCGAUGAUGAUGCAUGCCGCCGCGGGGGUAGUGCACGACAGUCCAGCUGGUGUCGUCGCCUUGCCUUCUGAUCAUAAUCAUCACGACGACGAUAGUUUCGAGCGGCCUUCUCCUUGCGGACUCAGUCAGCAGUUGCAGGGGCAGUUGAACGUCUCGUUGUCCGAGACGGGGGUGGAACUGGUGCAGCCUGUGCGUGGUCAGGGCGAAUAUGACAUGGAUUUGGCAAGGAAGGAGGAUGAUGAAGAUGAAGGAGAAGAAGAGAAGGAGACGGAGAGGUCUCGACACCGAACGAUCAGCUUCAAGAACGACGACCAUAUCCAGACACCAGAUCUGGAAGCCUUCACAAUUGCCCCUGCGGCUGCGCCACUGCAGAAUGUGCCUGCCAUCCCGCGCACUGCGAGUGUUCGGGCUGCGACCACACCACCGAACAAGCGAGGCAGUUGCAGAGCGAGGCGGAGGGGAAAUGGGGUUUCGAAGGACACGCCGACAACCAAGGCUGCGGCUGCGCGGAUAUGA